GCAGAUCGAGGGAUUAGAGAGCUGAUUGGCUAGAGAAAUGAUUGUUUGAAGUUUUAAACCAUUAGCUCCAUCAGUACAAGCUGCCGCGUAGACCACGCUAGCUCACUCAACACAGCCAUGUGACAGCUAGAUCUAGUCUUACCAGGUCAGACAGCUCCCCAGCCAAUCGUGAGCCGCCAGGUACCCAAGGUUCACCGGCCUGCCUGGAAGAUCUCGACUGGUGCCGGUAACAAACGAGCGCGGACACCUGGCGCCCUCCGGUUGGCCGGAACCUACUCCCUCCUCGCUUAUAAAAGAGCCCAGGCAACGGCCGCUCUUGCUCAUCGGCUGAUCGCGCUCCAGCCUUCGCGACUCCCGAAUCGCCUGCGCUUCUGCUCUCGAAAUCUUCCGGUAGAUUCUCGCGGCUCCCUCUUCCGUUAAUUCUCGCAGCUGCUGCUCCGCUCCGCGCGAGGAUCCAUGGCUACGACGAUAGAUUGGCACGGCCGCAGCGCCGCGCUUCCCGCGGCGCUGUACGAGAUGGCGGACACCAAGGAGCUCGUGCGCGCGCUCGCCGCCCCGCCCGUGCAGCAUCAGCAGCCUCCGACCAUCUCGUUCGCGUACCCGUGCUCCGGCGGCGUGGAGCAGCAGCGCGCGACGAGCUCGCUCCUCGGCGCCGGCGCCGGCGGCCUGACCCCCGCGCAGGUGCUCCAGGUGCAGUCGCAGUUCCAGUUCCUGCGCCGGCCGGCCGCGGUCGCCACGCAGCCGAUGAAGCGGCAGGCGCCGGCGCCGCUCCCCGCGCGGCCGGUCUCCAAGCUCUACCGCGGCGUCCGGCAGCGGCAUUGGGGGAAGUGGGUGGCGGAGAUCCGCCUGCCGCGCAACCGCACCCGCCUCUGGCUCGGCACCUUCGACACCGCCGAGGAGGCCGCGCUCGCCUACGACAGCGCCGCGUUCCGCCUCCGUGGGGACUCCGCCAGGCUCAACUUCCCCGACCUCAGGCGCGGCGGCGCGCACCUCGGACCGCCGCUCCACGCCGCGGUCGACGCCAAGCUCCACGCCAUCUGCAACGGCACGGACGUUGCGCCGCAGAACCAGAGCCAGAGCCAGAGCAACACCACUGUGGCAACGGCGGCAACGGCUCCGAGUACAUUCUCCUCAGCGAGCCCGGACGUCAAGAGCGAGCCGGGCUGCUCCGGGUCCGAGAGCUCGUCGUCCGCGGACGGCGACGUGUCCUCGACCGGCUCCUCCGACGUGGUUCCGGAGAUGCAGCUCCUCGACUUUUCAGAAGCGCCAUGGGACGAAUCCGAGAGCUUCCACCUGCGCAAGUACCCCUCGCUGGAGAUCGACUGGGACUCCAUCCUUUCAUAAUGCAAAGGCUCUGCUCGUCUCGUCCCCGCAGUUCCUGAUCAAGCUGUUCUUGGCUGAUCUGUACUUCACAGCUCCGAAGAUUAAAGUGGUGUCUUGAUGGUUAGGUACUUGUCAGUUUAGGUUUUGGGUUUGAUCAUGUCUAGCAUCAACCCCUGGUCUGCUUGCUUUUUUAAAUGGCACUGCCAGGAAGGAGGUCUCCAGCACUUUGGAUUAUGGAAAUUACUAUUCUGCAUGCAAAGGUCUCAUGUAUAUACAUUUGAAAUCCAAACGGUAGUUGCAAUAAUCCAAUAAUACCAGUUUGUGACACUGGUAUGGUUGUUUUUUU